CGUCUCCACUUUCUUAUCUCUAUGGGAGGUAAAAGAGGGAGGCGUCCGGAAGUGACGUAGGCACGGUUCAGGAAGCAGGAGCGUCAGGAGCUGCCUGAGAGGAGAAGAUGGCCAAGGUCACCUUUAAGGUCACGCUCACCUCAGACCCGCGGCUGCCUUACAAAGUACUGAGUGUGCCUGAAAGUACACCAUUUACUGCUGUCUUGAAGUUUGCUGCAGAAGAAUUCAAAGUGCCUGCAGCAACAAGUGCCAUCAUAACAAAUGAUGGAAUAGGGAUAAACCCUGCACAGACAGCUGGAAACGUCUUCCUUAAGCAUGGCUCAGAAUUACGGCUUAUUCCCAGAGAUCGUGUUGGGAAAUGUUAACAUGUGUACUUACUAGAUAAGGUAAAUAGCAGGCAAAAAGGAUCCAUAAGCAUAUUCAUUUAGGAAUUAACCUACUACUGGUAUAUUAUAAUGCAAAAUACAUUGUAUUUCCCUGUGAAAUCAUCGUGUAUCAGCUGUCAACUCCUGCCAAGAAAAGAGUGGCCUCAGAGGUUGGACGGACUGCUUAGAAUUGAAUGACUCACUGAAUUUUUACUGAAAGACUCCUAUAGAGAAUCAUCUUACGGAGUGGCUGGAUUUUCUUCUGAGGAAACAACUUCUUCUAAAUGGAAGCUUAUUUCCAGUAUAUGGAUGUCUUUGACUUGAUCCAACGGUUCCUUGCAAGUGUGGAAGGACCAGUUUGCAUCAAAAGCUACCCCAUUCACUAGGAUUGAGCAGACACCGUCAAUGUGUGGAAAUGUGUGCAGUGCUUCUUUCUCCAUUGAAGUAAACUGGGAAGUCUACUCCUGGGAUCUUCCCAUAUGCACUCCAAGGAGGUUGGAGCCAGGCACCUGCCAUUCACAGCCAUAGCAGAUUGAUGUGAUCAUGUGUGUAAGACCUAGUAACAUUAAAUACCUGGUCAUAAGGAGCCCAACUGAGUAAUAUCACUAUUAAUCAAAUAACAAAAUGGGAGAUG